AUGCUGCUGGGCCUGUGGUGCUCCUCUGUGCUGGCAACUGGAGGUUGGUACCCCAAAACCCUACCCUGUGACGUCACCCUGGCCAGCAACGACACCGUGGUCAAUGUAGAUUGCACUGAGAGAGGACUCCUGGAGGUCCCAAAGGACAUCCCCAGAAACACCACCAACCUGACCCUCACCAUCAACCACAUCCCUCACAUUAACUCAACGUCCUUCCAGGGCCUGGAGAACCUCACCGAGAUCGACAUGCGCUGUAACUGCGUGCCCAUCAAGAUCGGCCCCAAGGACCGCAUGUGCACAGAGAGUGUGACUAUCAAGCAGAACACCUUUAAAGACCUGAGGAAUCUGAAGGCUCUGUAUCUGGAUGGGAAUCAGCUCUCCAGCAUCCCAAAGGGUCUCCCUCCAAACCUCAUUCUGCUCAGUUUAGAGGUGAAUCAAAUAUAUACCAUUCUGAAAAGGAACCUCUCUGACAUCACUAACGUACAGAUUCUUUACCUGGGACAAAAUUGUUACUAUCGUAACCCAUGUAAUGUUUCCUAUCAAAUUGAGGAAGGCGCAUUUCUACAGCUUGGUAACAUGACUGUCCUAUCCCUCAAGUCAAAUAACCUAUCCUACAUUCCCCCAAGAUUACCAACAAGUCUCAGAGAGUUGUAUCUCUAUAAUAACAAGAUUGAAAUGGUUACUGACAAAGAUUUUCAUAACUUAACCCAAUUGGAGAUACUUGACCUAAGCGGAAACUGCCCACGAUGUUAUAAUGCGCCAUUUCCUUGUAUUCCAUGCCCUAACAAUUCACUUCAGAUAGACGCAAGUGCCUUUAAAGCAUUGCCCAAACUGAGGAUACUACGCCUGCAUAGUAACUCCCUCACGUAUGUCCUUACAGAGUGGUUUCAGAACUGUACAGAUCUGCGAGUACUUGAUCUCUCAACCAACUUUUUAGCUCGAGAGAUAACAAUGACUUACUUCCCACGAGCUCUACCCAACCUGGAAGAAUUGGACCUGUCUUUUAACUAUGAGCUGCAGAGGUAUCCAGCUACACUGCGCCUUAGUCCCUCAUUCUCCUUCCUGAAAUCCCUGAAAGUACUCCGCAUCAGGGCCUUCGUCUUCCAGCAGCUCACCUUCAAAGACAUCAGCCCACUGAUUCCUCUAAAGAACCUGGAGGUCAUUGACCUGGGCACCAACUUCAUCAAAAUAACCAACCUCAGCAUUCUGAUGGAACUGAAAAACUUCAAAAUAAUAAAUUUAUCUGACAACAAAAUAUCGUCCCCUUCUGAAAGUGGUCAGUCUGUUGCCUUUUCGGGAGGAGAAGCCCUGCAUGGCUCACCGAUGUCAGAUGCUGGGCAUAACCGCAAUGGAGAAGUGAGAGAGAUUCAUUAUUUUAGAUACGAUGAGUAUGCUCGCAGCUGCAAAUACAAGGACAAGGAGGAUGGGAUGCUGAAUUCAUUCGUCAAUACCCAGUGCAGCCAGUUUGGGAAAACCCUGGAUAUCAGCAGGAAUAAUAUAUUUUUCCUUCACUCCAGAUUCUUGAACCUUGCUGAUCUUAGAUGCCUAAAUCUCUCUGGAAAUGCCAUGAGCCAAAGUCUAAAUGGUUCUGAGUUCACUUACCUCACUAACUUAAAGUAUCUUGACUUCUCAUACAAUCGUCUGGACCUUCUCUAUUCCUCAGCGUUUCGGGAACUGACAAGUUUAGUUAUCUUAGACAUAAGCAACAACAACCAUUACUUUGAAUCCGAGGGUUUGACCCACAUGCUUAAUUUCACCAAAAAUUUGACCAAUCUGACGAUAUUACUCAUGAACUAUAAUAAGAUUUCCACCUCCACCAACACAGAGCUGGAGAGUUUCUCUCUGGAGAAGUUAGAGUUCAAAGGUAACCGUUUAGAUAUGCUAUGGAGAGAUGGCGAUACAAGAUACAUCAACUACUUCAAAAAACUGCUCAAUCUGAGGGUCCUAGACAUCUCUCACAACAACCUCAACUUCAUCCCUCAGCAAGUCUUCCAAGGCCUGCCAGACAAACUCACUCAUCUCCACAUCAACAACAACAGACUAAAGAUAUUUAGUUGGGAGAAGCUGACGAUUCUUCAGUCCUUAGAGGUUCUAGAUCUCAGCAGUAAUAGCCUAUCAACAGUUCCCCCAGAGCUCUCCAACUGCACCGAAUCUCUCAAGACUCUCCUCUUACACAGAAACCAAAUAUCCAAACUCUCUCCGUAUUUCCUCAAGGACGCCUUUAGUUUGAAGCAUCUGGAUCUCAGCUUCAAUCACAUUCAAAACAUCGAGCAGACCAGCAUCCCUGAUGACGUUGUCGAUCACAUGGACACGUUAGUCCUGAACAACAACAAGUUCAUGUGCAACUGUAACGCCCUCAUGUUUGUGAUGUGGCUGAACCGCACCAUGGUGAACAUCCCCAGACUGGCCACCGAUGUGACCUGUGCUGCUCCAGGAGCCCAGAGGGGUCAUCCGGUCAUAUCCCUGGACCUAGAACUGCAGGCCUGCCAGCAUAACUACAUGUCCAUCAUCCUCUACAUCCUUCUCACAUCCCUGGUGCUCAGCUUCGUCACCCUCUCCAUCUCCAGCCACCUCUUCCUCUGGGACGUCUGGUACAUCUACCACUUCCUCCUGGCCAAGUUCAAAGGCUACAGACGCCUGUCCUCGCCCAGCGCUCCCUACGACGCCUUCGUAGUGUACGACAAGAAGGACCCGGAGGUGUCUGAGUGGGUGCUGAAGGAGCUGCUUGUUCAGCUGGAGGACCGCGGGGACCAUCCCUUACAGCUUUGUCUGGAGGAACGAGACUGGAUCCCUGGCUGCCCCCUGAUCGACAACCUCUCCCAGAGCAUCCACCAGAGCAAGAGGACCGUGUUCAUACUGACCAACAAGUACAUCAAGAGCGGGGACUUCAAGACCGCGUUCUACAUGGCCCAUCAGAGGCUUAUGGAUGAGAGAGAUGAUGUGAUUGUCUUGAUUUUCCUGGAAAAGGUCCCCAGUCACUCAAAGUACCUGAGACUCAGGAAGAGGUUGUAUAGGCGGUCAGUGAUGGAGUGGCCAACAAAUCCUCAAGCACAGCAAUACUUUUGGUUUAGCCUAAGGAGUGUACUGGCAACAGACAGUCAAAAACAAUACAGUAAUCUCUUCAAGGAGACUCUUUGAAAAAGGCCUUAACACAAUGAUUUCGCCAUGUGCAUAGCAUUGCCCUUUUUUUUGUGAUUGUGUAAUCAAGGGAAGCAAACCAUGGGAGAACUUCCUCAAUUAAUCUAUGAAGUUCCUGUUUCAUUUAGAUCUUAUGGUGGGAUGAGAAUCUGUGGCUAUGUUGCCAGCCAGUCAGAGGCACUUGUUCUUUCUGGGGGAUUUUUUACUUAGAAAAAAACUAUACUGUGAUUAAAUUGAACUGGCAACAGACAGUCAAAAACAAUACAAUAAUCUCUUCAAGAAGACUCUUUGAAAAGGGCAAACACAAUAAUUCUGCACUUAGAAUACACCUUACCCACUGGGCACACACUGGUUGAAUCAACAUUGUUUUCACGUAAUUUCAAUGAAUAGUCUGUGCCCAGUGGGUAGUGUAGACCUUUUUAUGUGGUGACAAUUAUCUUAAAGACAGUUUUAAGGUUCAAAGUAAAUGUAAUGUAUCUCAUGAGAAUGUAUAGAUAUGAACUUCCAUCUCUAAUACUGACUGAUCAUUUUUUUGCUGUACUGCAAUGCUUAUAAAUAUAAGGUAACAAUAAAAUUUAUAAAAUAAUAACGAUUCACAAAAUCAUUAAACUGAUUCUGCCUUUAAUCUCUUGAUGCAUUUCAGAAAGAGGAAAUAAAUUCAGAGGAGAACUUCCCCAACCAGCUUGUUGAACACAUUUAACUAACUAGAGCUGCGAGGGGAAUUUGAGUUGCACUUGAUGUGUGUUUGAGUAGAGAGAAGUUGAGCCAUUACACAAGGGACUACAUCGAUGGAAACACAAAGAAAACCAACAGCCCCCCCGUAGUUUUAUUACACUUCUUUGCUGACUGGUAAAUAAAUGACCAGGCCCUACUUAUUUUAUAGGCUUUCAAAAUCUCACAAGGAAUCAACGGUAAACAAUAUGGUAAGUUUGAUUCAUUUCUGUUAUAUUUAGUAUUGAAGUUGGUCACCAAGUCUAUGUAGGGUACGUGCUUUUCUCAAGUGGCAAAAUUCACAAUGAAACAUGAGAAAAUAAAUUACUUUUUAAAGGGGAAGUAGCGUUAUACACAAUUGUUACAUUCACAAAUGCCAUUUCUAUCUAUGCAAACAUAUUGUAGAUAACUAGUAUCCUGAAAUUAGUAGAAUGUACACCAUCACAAAGCUAUUGCUAUUGAGCUAUUGGCCAUAACAUGUGUGCUUGUAGGCUAGCCCUUGAUCUUGACUUUUAGUUCCAUUAUAUUACACAUAAGAGUCAUUGGACGAAGGCGUCUUCUGUAGGGGGGAGUUUUGUUAAGAACCCCGAUCCUCGGUCAGAACAAUAACACGCAUUGCUUGCAGUACGUUUCUGGAAGCAUAAGGACCUUAUCGUUCAUAUCAGCAAGAAAUAACUUUUUUUAAAAACGAAAGGUUAAAUUGAUACACACCUUUAUAGGGUUAGGGUUAGUGUUCCCACACAGCCACAUCUCCAUGUUACAGUGUGUGUUUACGGGAAAGACAGACGGAAGACAGAGGGACCACCUGUGCUAAUUAGCUAUCUAGCAUGCUCCGAAUACCUGUGUGUAACGGAAGAAGGCCGCCAGAAACGUGUUGUCACCUGAAAAAUACUGUCGGCUGAAACCGUGAUAAAACGGUGUACAGUAAGUGUGUAUUUUGCAUCUGUGAAAUUAUUUUGAUGCGAUAUGAAAGUGAAAGGGCAUUACGUAUCUAGAACCGUAUCGCAAAUUGAUAAUCGAUUCACGUUUAGAUGGAGUAUUAGGCUGUUUUGUCUACCAGAGCCGGUCUACCUCUGAAAAUAACAUAUAAGGUCCUUGGACUUUAAGGAGUAACGGUAGGGUCCUUAAGAGUACAUCUCGGGUUACUUGUAGACCUACUCCACACAGAGGAGGCUGGUGGCCGUUCCAUCUACUCCAUUCCAGCCAUUACAAUGAGCCUGUCCUCCUAUAGCUCCUCCCACCAGCCUCCACUGACUCCACGGUUAGUUAGACAUCUCAUCAUUAAUCAUUAGUCUUUCGUUAGUCUGUCGUUAUAUUUCCAUCCUCACACGUUUGUACUUUCUACUUACAGGCUGCUACCACCUGCUGGUUACAGUUGGCAUCGUUGUUCCUGUGUCACUUCCUGGCCGUAAAUACCUCAUGUACAUGGAUGCCAAGGCAGUUUCCAUGUGACAUUAAGGUGGUCAAUACUACCAAUACCACUGACGACAUCAUCUUCAAUUGUGAGGAUCGUCGACUGAUAAAGGUACCUGUUGGCAUCACCAGGAAUGUGACCGUGCUGGACCUAUCAGAAAACAACAUCCAGAAUGUAUCUCUUGAUGCAUUUUCUAAUCUGGAGAACUUGACCAUUCUCAAUCUCAACUGGGUCAACAAAAACCAGAAAAGUCACAUUGCCGAAGGUGCCUUCAAAAAUCUGACAAACCUGCAGGUCCUAAAGCUUAAUGGCAAUGGCCUCAUCGGAAUUCCACAAAACCUUCCACUCAGCCUGGAGAUCCUCACGCUGGACAAUAACAAGAUCAAUUUCUUGAAUAUGAGCAACCUCUCUGGUAUAACACAUGUGAAGAAGCUCUUCUUAUCCAAAAACUGCUUCUACUGGAAUCCUUGUGAGAAUAAUUUUACUAUUGGAAACGGCACAUUCUCACCAUUGAUUCACUUAGAGGUUUUGUCGUUGGCCUAUAACAAUUUAACUCAAGUUCCAAAAGAACUUCCAAGCUCUUUAAAAACAUUAUUACUUGAAUCGAACAAGAUACAGUACAUCGCUAAGGAUGAUUUCCAUGGACUAACCCAUCUAGAAAUCCUUGAAUUACAGGGAAACUGUCCACGAUGCUCCAAUGCUCCAUAUCCGUGUGUCCCCUGUCCAAAUGGUUUUCUAGAUAUUCAUUCUCAUGCAUUUCAUGGCCUUACAGAGUUACAGACACUGCGCCUAGCAGGGAACUCACUCCGUUUCAUCAAGAACUCCUGGUUUGAGAGUUUAAACAAUCUUAAACAGCUGUUCCUCUCCUAUAAUUUCUUGUCUAAGGCUAUGACUGAAGGAGAUUUUUUUUGCUAUCUACCAAAGCUAGAAGUUAUGGAUUUUUCAUUCAAUUAUGAUUUGUUAGUCUACCCUGACACCCUAUUGCUUUCAAGACAGUUUUCUAAAUUGGUGUCACUUAGAACAUUGCAUAUAGCAGGUUAUGUUUUUAAAGAAAUCGAGUCAGAUACCCUCAGCCCUCUUCAUCAUCUAAAAAAUCUGUCAGCGUUGAACAUGGGAAUUAAUUUCAUUGUUCGCUCUAAUUCUACCAUAUUCAGCAAAUUCUCACACUUGAAACUAAUAUACCUCGGAGAAAAUAGGCUGUAUCCAGUUUCAGUGAGCGAUUCCCCAGGCCGUGUCUUAGGAAGCAAUUCAAAGCCAACGCUGCACAAGUCACCACUCACUGGUCACUAUUCACAUUCAAAGGACUUUUCCUUUGAGUUAAAACAUGGCCUUGUGAAGCAAGAGUGCUUUGACUCCGGUCGAGUGCUGGUCCUCAGUUCAAACAAUAUCUUCUUCAUUUCUCCAAAGCAAUUUGAGGGCUAUGGUGACAUUGCAUGUCUGAACCUAUCAAGAAAUGGAUUUUCUGCAGCACUGAAUGGGACAGAGUUCACGUCGUUACCAACCCUAAAAUAUCUGGACCUGUCCUUUAACAAGAUUGACCUGGCCUAUAACAAUGCAUUUAAGGAAUUACACAAACUACAAGUAUUAGACCUAAGCUACAACAGUCACUACUUUGAGGUGUCUGGUGUGACACAUAAUUUAAAUUUUUUGACAAAUCUACCGGCUUUGAAAGUACUGAAUAUGUCACACAAUAACAUUUUUACCUUAACAACUAAGCAGAUGACAAGUGCAUCUUUGAAAGAGCUUCAAUUUCAACACAAUUGGUUGGCCAUAUUAUGGAAAGAGAGGGACAACUCAUACAACAGCCUUUUUAAAAACCUGAUGAAUUUGACCUAUCUGGAUAUAUCAUUCAACAGCAUUGAGAAGAUUCCAUCAACAGUCUAUGAAAACUUACCAUACACCCUUCAAAAACUAUGCAUUAGUCAUAAUUUACUCACACAUUUUAAUUGGGAUAAACUGGCUAGUUUCCAACAACUGAAUACCCUGGAUCUAAGCUAUAAUUAUUUAUAUCACGUGUCAGCAAAUCUCUCAAAAUUCACAAAUGCACUUCAGAUGCUUGACUUGAGCCACAAUCAGAUUGCUCAACUCUCUGAUGGAUUUCUUAAGGGUGUUCGAAACCUUCAGAUACUUGACCUCAGCCACAACCAACUGACCAUCAUCAACGAGACCACCUUCCUAUCGGGCCCUGAGAACUACGUGAAAACCUUGUCCUUGCAAGGUAAUCCAUUCCAGUGUACCUGUGACUUAUUAGAGUUCAUCCUGUGGAUUGAGGAGAACAAAGACGUGGAGAUCCCCAGACUGGCCACUGAGUUGAUCUGCAACAUGCCAGCCAAAACGAGAGGCCAACCAGUGAUACGGUUUGACAUUAAAGAAUGCGUCAACGACAACAUAGCCUUCCUGAUCUACUCCCUCUCCACUUCCUUGAUCAUGCUCACCAUGGUCAUGACCAUGGCAACUCAUAUGUUUUAUUGGGAUGCUUCCUAUAUUCUAUACUACCUGAGGGCGAAGCUGAAGGGCUAUCAUUCCUUGAGGUCCGCAACAACAGACAAUCUCUAUGAUGCCUUUGUUACCUACGACACCAGAGACCUGUUGGUGUCAGACUGGGUCCUGAACCACCUGCGGAUGCAGCUGGAGGACAGUGGGGAGAGACACCUGCCUCUCUGUCUGGAGGAGCGAGACUGGGCCCCGGGGGUCCCACUGAUAGACAACCUCUCCCAGAGCAUCCGACAGAGCCGCAAGACCGUCUUCGUGCUGACCGAGGCCUACGUCAGGACCGGGACCUUCAGGAUGGCCGUGUAUCUGGCCCACCAGAGGCUGCUGGAUGAGAACAUGGACGUGAUCGUGCUGGUUCUCCUGGAGCCUGUACUGCAGCACUCUCACUUCCUCCGUCUGCGGCGGCGUCUGUGUGGGAAGAGUGUUCUGGAGUGGCCCCGGACUGCAGCCGCAGAGCCCUGGUUCUGGCAGAGCCUGAGGAACGCUGUCAGGUUAGACAACCAGGUGAUGUACAACCAGAUCUACUCCAGGUACUUCACCAACAAGUAG